AUGCAAUCAGAGGAAGCAUGGAAUCGUGACAAGUCGAAACAAGCUCCAAGGAUUCCUUACCAAGAAGGAAAAAGGUUGAAACGAGCUAUCGACAAGUCAAAAGUUUCUGCUCUGAUAUUUCAUAACAACGGUACGAUAAAAAAUAUUGAUUAUUAUUAUCAUCCAAACUGCCCUCGUGAAUAUACCGUCGCUCUAACGAAGAGCCUCAAUGAUGAUUCAAUUUUGAAAUUGAACGGAGAAGAUUACAAUACUUUGUACAACAGAGGAUGGCUCUUGAACUUUACUAUUGACUACUGUGCUACUGCAUUAAUUAAAAACUCGCCAGAACAUUCAAAAACAGCUUAUGUUAUCUGUGAAAACAGCUCUAAAAUUUUAAAAAAUUCCGUAGAAAAUUUUAAUCAGAACUUUUAUCUUAAUAUGAAAAAACAAUGGUCUCGUAAAACCCAUCUAUUUUUUCCGUGUCACGUUCAGAACUCUCAUUGGAUUCUUGUUUAUGUCCAAUUAAAAGAGAAAUGGAUUUAUUUAUUAGAUUCUGGUCAAAUAAAAGAAGAUCCCGAAUUUUAUGCAGCAAAUUUUAAAAAAUUUUUCAGUGCUGUUUUCCCCAGCAAAAACAAAAAGGAUGAUUGGCUUUUAAAAAAUAUGGUUUAUCCAUCUCAAGAUGAAAAGGAUGGUUUUAAUUGCGGAAUCUACGUAAUCUAUUUCAUCGAACAAAUCUUAAAAGGAACGGCUCGUCCCAACUCAGGAUCCAUAUUCGUCGUUGACAGCGUAUUCUCAGCGCCGGAACCAAAAAAUUUAUUUAAAUUCAGUCAUUCUUUCUUAUACCUCAUGGGAAAGAGCGGGUUGCAGAAGUCACCUGAAUUUGCAACACCCAAAAUUCCUGGUAUAAAAUUCAAGAUUAACACGCAAAUAAAUAUUGAUACCAAAACCAUAGACGUUACAAUAAAAAAGGACGAUCCACGGAAAUCUGUUUCAAUAAUAACACUUAAAAUUGGUGAAACCACGAGAACUCGUCGCUCUGUUGAUUGGACAAAAAAAGUAUUUUUUAAGAGCAUAUCACUUCCUAUUACUUCUGAUGUACACCCUGUAAGUCAUGAUAUUUUUGGUGCACCAAGUGCGGACGGACCCAAAUAUACAGUGACAGUGGAUUGUUCAAUUAUUUGGGGCGGUUUCGUGGAAGACUUUUAUUAUCCCGAUGUAAGCACUGUACUGAAAAUUCUACAUAACAAUGAAGAAUUUAAUGACAUAGUAAUUAAAGUCGAAAAGACUGAAUUUAAAGCUCAGAAGAAUAUAAUUGCUGCGCAAAGUCCUGUUUUCUACAAAAUGCUGACUUCUGACAUGAAAGAGUCCAAAGAAAAUAGUAUUACAUUUCCGGAUAUUGAACCUGAUGUAAUAGAAGAACUGCUUCUGUUCUUUUACAAAGGAAAAAUGGAUAAAGCCGAAAAAGACGCUGAAUUCGCUAUAAAAUUAUUCGAGUUUGCGCAUAUGUAUGAAAUUAAAAGAGUUAUAUCAACUUGCGAAUACAUUUUGAUUACUAAGUUGACUAAAGGAAAUGUAUUCAAAAUUCACAAUAAAGGCCAGCUUUACAAGUCAGUUAUAUUGCAACAACAUGCGAUUACCUUCAUCGAAAUGAAUGUUACUGAGAUCCGUAAUGAUGUAGCACUUGAACUCCCAACGAGCUUGGGUUGCACUGGGUCAACUUUUGGGUCAACUUCAACAACAUCAGAAAUUCUCCCACAAAGCCCACAAUUCGGUACAGAUGAUCCUGACGAUGCAGACGGCAUAUGA